UCCUUCCACGAUCCCACUGCUCUCUCUCCAACUCGCUUGAUCCCGCGUUUCACGGCUGGCUUCCUGCGUCCUCGUCUGUAAUUUUCCCUCAAAUCUCUCUCUCUCUCUCUCUCUCUCUCUCUCUACACUGAGUGAGCGACUGAGUGGUGUUCGCGAAUGGCGAACCACCGGAGAUCCUGCGGCUUCUCUCCCUUCAAGCUCCUCGCCUCCGCCGUCGCCGCCGCCGUCUUCCUCCUCCUCGCCUCCUCUCUCUCCGUCACCUCCCGCGCCGACGCCUCCCGUCUCCGGCGCCUGGGGAUUAGUUCGGAUUCUCAUGGAUACGGAUCCGUCAGAAGAUCCAUUCUCGCAAUGAAAUCGGAUCCUCUCAAGCCUCGACUCGACCAGCUGCAGAAGCAAGCUGAUGAUCACCGCUCUCUGGCGCUGGCCUACGCCUCCUACGCGCGCAAGCUUAAGCUCGAGUACUCCAAGCUGGUUCGGAUUUUCGCUGACCUCUCCAAGAACUACAGCGAUCUCAUCAAGAAGCCUGCGUAUCAUACUCUCUUUGCGUCGGAUUCGCUCAGUAUCGACGAAACGAUGCUUCGCCAAUUCGAGAAGGAAGUGAAAGAGCGCAUCAAGGUCACUCGCCAAGCGGUGUCUGAAUCGAAGGAGUCCUUCGACAAUCAAUUGAAGAUUCAGAAGUUGAAGGAUACGAUUUUCGCAGUGAACGAGCAAUUGACAAAGGCAAAGAAGCAGGGUGCCUUUUCGAGCUUGAUUGCUGCUAAAUCGAUACCUAAGAGCCUGCACUGCCUUUCCAUGCGGUUGAUGGAAGAGCGAAUCGCACAUCCUGAGAAGUAUACAGAUGAUGGAAAACCUCCCAAGCCAGAACUGGAGGAUCCGAAUCUUUACCAUUAUGCAAUUUUCUCGGAUAAUGUGCUUGCAGCAUCAGUGGUGGUAAAUUCUGCCGUGAAGAAUGCAAAGGAGCCAUGGAAACAUGUUUUCCAUGUGGUGACUGAUAAGAUGAAUCUUGGGGCCAUGCAAGUCAUGUUCAAGUUGAAGGAAUACAAUGGGGCUCAUAUCGAGGUUAAGGCUGUCGAGGAUUACAAGUUCUUGAACUCUUCUUACGUGCCAGUGCUUAGACAACUGGAGUCUGCAAACUUGCAGAAGUUUUACUUUGAGAAUAAGCUCGAAAAUGCUACUAAAGAUACCACGAAUAUGAAGUUUAGGAACCCUAAGUACCUUUCAAUACUGAACCAUCUGAGGUUUUAUUUACCAGAAAUGUACCCAAAGUUACACAGGAUUCUGUUUUUGGAUGAUGAUAUUGUCGUGCAGAAGGACUUGACUGGUUUAUGGAAGAUAGACAUGGAUGGUAAAGUGAAUGGGGCAGUUGAGACAUGCUUCGGCUCUUUCCAUCGGUAUGCGCAGUAUAUGAAUUUCUCACACCCUCUGAUAAAGGAGAAAUUCAACCCCAAGGCUUGUGCAUGGGCUUAUGGAAUGAACUUUUUUGAUUUGGAUGCUUGGAGAAGGGAGAAAUGCACUGAAGAGUAUCAUUACUGGCAGAAUCUGAACGAGAACCGAACCUUGUGGAAAUUGGGAACUCUGCCCCCGGGUUUGAUAACAUUUUACUCGACAACGAAGCCACUGGACAAGUCAUGGCAUGUUUUAGGACUUGGCUACAAUCCCAGCAUAAGCAUGGAGGAGAUUCGUAAUGCUGCUGUUGUCCACUUCAAUGGGAAUAUGAAGCCAUGGCUUGACAUUGCCAUGAGCCUGUUUAAACCAUUAUGGACAAAGUAUGUUGACUACGAGUUGGAUUUCGUACAGGCCUGCAACUUUGGUGUCUGAAGAAACGGUCAGAGCUGACUCAUCUUCCUGUGGCCUUUCUGCUGGAAAGGCUCCAAUCAUGAGAUAUUUGGGUAGUCGUUCAACAUUUACCACGCAUCCUUACUAGUUGCAUCAGAAGGUUCGUUGCUAUCUGAGUUUAGAUAGUUUUGUGCCAUAUUUACUACACUACCUGCUCUCUUUGUCCAUACAAGUGCUGCAAUCUUAAUUAUUUGGCAAAUGUUUAUUAUCCAGGAUGCAAUUACUUUCCUAAUGAAAUCCCUUUACAUCUUUCGUCCACUCAAAGCCCAACAGGUUUUAGUGAUCUAUUUGAGAAGACUUCUCGGUUUUGUAUACGCUCAUAUAUCAGGAAUUUAAUUAUUGAUCGGUAUGA